AUGUCUAACAACGGAAACUUCCAGUAUACUUGCGUACCGGCCAUCAAAUGGCUAAUCAGAAACCUCCACAACGACAACAUCGAAGCCGACGGACUCGCCACCUGGAACGCGAUCCUGAAUCUGCAAUUCCCGUCUACACAAGGCUUCCUAAUCCGCCCAUACAUGCACUGCGCUUUACGCGGAUGUCCAGGCUGGUUCGAGCUUCGAAUUUCCCACGUGAAAGACGGUCUCCAGAACCCAGUUCUUAUGCUGUACUAUCAGCGCGCUGAUAGGCAGGAUGAUGACCAGUGGGAGAAUGGACAGAGAGAGCUGCAGCUGUAUCUCGCAUUUCGGUAUUGCAAUAUUGCAGAGAAUGCGGCACCGAUUUAUGGUAUUCUCGCAAUUGGUGCCAAGUUGAAGAUCUUCCAGUACGAUAAUCCCUCCCGGAGCAUCGAGCAUUUUGUUCCGCCUUGGGAUUUGGAACGUCAUGAUGAGCAGGUUUGGAAUAUGCUCAGGAAAAUCGGCAGGAACCAUACUGGUGGUGGUGGCUGCUGUGAAAUGAGAGGUGUCAAGUCCGAGUCCGGUGGACAGGGGAAUGAUGGAUCCCAGAAUGUUUCGGGGACACUCGCAGGUGUUGAUGCAGGAAGGCAAAGACUCUAG